GCGAAAAGAAUUUAGGAACUUGUUAGGUUUGUUUAAACUAUUUUUUGACAAAAAUUUAUAAUCGCAAGCAAAUACUGAAAGGCUUGUAGAAUUCGAUUAAAAGCAAUACGAUUUUUACUUUAACUCCUACGUAGUAAUCGAAUGUUGGCUUAUGGAAAAAUUAUUGAAUAAGUAAAAAAGUCCCAAAUAAGCAACUUAAUAUAACUGUUAAAGUGGCGUAUUUCAAAUAUUGCAGGUUGCUAAAUUAUGCAAAUCUAGUUUGUUCCAUUGUCUUAUAUAUAUGAUAUGUGCAGAUGAUGUUGAAGGGCAAGGCGUUCGUCAAAAUAUUGAGUAAGCUUCAACGAACCAAAACAAGGUAUACCUCACAAGGUUUUAAACUGUUCAAUCAGCUUUAACAAAUCGCACCGUCACGUUUUCGUUUGCGGUUUAAGACGAGUACUGCACCAUUUUCUUGUCACAUGUAUAGCACUACCGUUUCGGUACACAAUAAAAUGUCGAGUAGUUCAUCUAGUGAUGAAAGUGACUUGCAAUACUUCGACCCGUUGGCUGAGGAGAUGCGAAAUAUACAAUCGGUGAUACACGUUACUAGAGAAAAUAUUGAUGCACUGAAUGCUAAAUUUGCGAACUUGCAAGAACCACCUGCAAUGUAUAUAACUGAAUAUCAAGAACUUACAUCUAAGCUGCACGAGCUGGAAGCGAAAGAGCAAGAGUUAAUGGAACAGCUAAACGCACAACAGGAGGAACAUAGCACAGCAGAGCAACAGCUCAAACUAAGUGACUGCAAUAAUCAUCCACAUUAUCAAAAUCAAAUACAAUUACAACAGACCUAUCGCAAUACCCAACAGCAAUAUGGGCAUGCUACAAGUGAUAUGACGGAUAGUUAUAUGUCAACAAACAGUAGCAGUCAAUGUGGCACUCUAACUCGAAUGCCAAAAGUAUUAUUACGUGCUCACUUACCUAAUCAACAACGCACAUCUGUAGAGGUUGUUCCUGGUGUACGUUUAUGUGAUGCUCUAAUGAAAGCAUUAAAGCUGAGACAAUUGACUCCGGGAAUGUGUGAAGUAACAACAAAAGAUGGACGGCAUAUUAUAUCGUGGGAUACAGAUAUAGGUUCAUUGCAAGUGGAGGAGGUUUAUGUUAGACUUUUAGAGUUUGUCCCUAUUAUGACACAUAUUUCGCAUCAAUUUGUGCGCAAGACUUUUUUCUCGUUAGCGUUCUGUGAAGGCUGUCGCCGUUUACUGUUUACCGGUUUUUAUUGCAAUCAAUGUAAUUUUCGGUUUCAUCAGCGUUGUGCUGACAAGGUGCCAACACUUUGUCAGCAAUUUCCAAUGGACAAUUACUAUCAGUGUUUGUUAGCUCAAAAUCCUGAAAGCACAGUCGGCAUUCUACAUCCAGGACGUGGUGGUGCGAUUGGUUACCAUGGGCGACAUCCACGUACUAUAAGCCAACAAGAUCGCUCAAAUUCAGCUCCUAAUGUUUGUAUUAAUAAUAUACGUCCUUUAACGGAUGCUCAGCGACAAUUAGUACAAACGCAUGGUCCUUUACAGCAACCAUGUAAUGAUCAUUCUAACUCAACUCAGGCAUCUCCGACGAGUACUUUAAAGCAUGUGAAAAGACAACGAGCGCGUUCCGCAGAUGAAAGCAAUAAAAAUCUAUUAUCUCCACGUGAUGCGAAAGGAUCUGAAGAGAAUUGGAAUAUACAAGCAGAAGAGAUACUAAUUGGACCACGUAUCGGUUCGGGUUCUUUUGGAACUGUAUAUAAAGCACAUUGGCACGGACCAGUUGCAGUUAAGACGUUAAACGUAAAAACACCAAGUCCCGCCCAACUACAAGCAUUUAAGAAUGAAGUAGCCAUGUUAAAAAAGACUAGACAUUGCAAUAUUUUGCUUUUUAUGGGUUGUGUGUCAAAGCCUUCUUUAGCUAUUGUAACACAAUGGUGUGAAGGUAGUUCCCUUUAUAAACACAUACAUGUUAAUGAAACAAAAUUCAAACUGAAUACAUUGAUCGAUAUUGGACGUCAAGUUGCACAGGGCAUGGACUACUUGCAUGCGAAAAAUAUUAUACAUAGAGACCUGAAAUCAAAUAAUAUAUUUUUACAUGAAGAUCUUUCUGUAAAAAUAGGCGAUUUUGGUCUGGCAACUGCGAAGACUCGUUGGUCCGGUGAGAAACAAGCUAAUCAACCCACUGGCAGUAUACUUUGGAUGGCACCAGAAGUAAUACGUAUGCAAGAGCUGAAUCCAUACUCCUUUCAAUCCGAUGUUUAUGCAUUUGGUAUUGCUAUGUAUGAAUUAUUGGCAGAAUGUUUGCCAUACAGUCACAUCAAUAAUAAGGAUCAAAUUUUAUUUAUGGUUGGACGUGGUCUUCUGCGUCCAGAUAUGUCUCAGGUACGAUCCGAUGCACCACAAGCACUGAAACGCUUAGCCGAAGACUGCAUAAGAUUCGAUCGCAACGACAGACCAUUGUUUCGACCAUUACUAAAUAUGUUGGAGAAUAUGCUGCGCACUUUACCUAAAAUACAUCGUAGUGCCAGCGAACCAAAUUUGACACAAUUGCAAAAUGAUGACUUUCUCUAUUUAUGUCCAAGUCCUAAGACACCAGUUAAUUUCAACAAUUUUCAGUUUUACAAUAGUGCUGGUAAUAUCUAGCGCGACUAAUUAGCUACGAAUGUGAUAAUCCUAAAAGUUUUAUUGAAAGUUAAAAAAAGAGUAAAAAUUUAAUCAAACAUUUUUUGAAGCCUAUGUUUUUUUGUUUGGAUUUAAAUAUUUAAAACUAUAAGAUCAAUAAUAUAAAAUAUAGAAGUUGAAACUCAAGAAAGCAGCUAUAAAAGACUUUAUGCAUGUAAAUAAUGUAAUUCCUUUUUAUUUGAACACUAAUAGUCUAUAGAACUAUUGCUGUAUUAUGUGGCCAAUAACGUUUUAAAUGUAUUUAAUGGACUUUUUUAUGGACUUAAUCAAGUUGACAGCAUGUGCAUAUUACUUAACUAACAUUUAUAUUCUAGUUUUAAUACUUAAAUCAUACAAAUUAUACGACAACAGUUGUUAACUGAUAUAUUUAUUUAUUUUAAUCUUAAUUUAUUUAUACGAUAAACUAUCAUAGAGACGCCUUAAGAAAUUGAUUAAUUUUGUUAACUUUGUAAAACUAAUUUUAAUGAAACGUUGUAAAGCCAUGAGUGCAGUAACUAAAACUUAAUUUAAUAAUGCAAACAGAACUAAAACCUAAUAUAUUUGCA